AUGCCUGGUCCUUGGGUUCUUUGUGGAGAUUUUAACGCAACUUUAUCUUAUGAUGAACGUAAUGGUAGGAAUGGUUCACCAAAUGACAUAAGAUCUUUCAGGAAUUUUGUCACUUCAGCAUCUUUGAUUGAUUUACCUCUUUCUGGCAGAGCUUUUACAUGGUCUAAUAAGAGGUUGAACCCUUCCAUGGCUAGGCUAGAUAGAUUUUUACUAUCUCCUGAUUGGGAUAAAGAAUUUCCAUUAUGCAUUCAAUGUUCUCCACCUUCUAUGGGUUCUGAUCAUUGCCCAAUAGUUCUAGACAGUGGAGGUUUCAAGCAUGGACCUUCUUUUUUUAUAUUUGAAAGAAGUUGGUUCCAUAAUCCAGAUUUUAUUCCAUUCAUCAACACCUCUUGGAAUAGCUUUCAAUGUAAAGGAAACCCUCUGGAUGUCUUCAUCAUGAAACUAAAACUCCUAAAGAGAAUGAUUAAAUGGUGGAAAAAAAAUAUUUUAGGAUCCAUAUCCUCCAGAAAAGCUGAUAUUCUCUCCAAGAUAAAUUCCUUUGAUUUGCUUGAAGAACAAAGACCUCUAUCUGACUCAGAAUUUAUUGAAAGAAAAUCAUUGCAGUCUUCUUUCUCUUCCAUCAUCAAGGAGGAAGAAACUUAUUGGCAUCAAAGAUCGAGAAUUCAAUGGUUAAAAGAGGGAGACUCUAAUACAUCCUUCUUCCAUAAAACAGCUACUUUUCAUAAAAAGGCAAAUUAUAUUACAUCUAUUACCCAUGAAGGCAGAGAGUUAACAAGAGAACAUGACAUAUCUAAGGCUUUUUUUGAUUAUUAUUACAGUCUUUUUGGACAGUCUAAUAGAAACUUAUCGUCUAUUGAUUGGUCUUCUUUAUAUCCUGAUCAAGAUUUAAAUCUAUCUUCUUUGGAGGAGCCUUUUUCAGAAGUUGAAAUAAAAAAUGCUGUUUUUGGUAUGAACCCCAAUAAAGCUCCUGGUCCUGAUGGCAAGAUUAAAAUAGAUUUUGAUAAUGUUUUUGAUUCAUUGAACUGGAAGUUCAUUAUUGAUCUUCUAAAGGCAAGAGGUUUUGGACCUAGAUGGUGCUCAUGGAUUCAUAAUAUUAUUUCAUCUUCCAGUUGUGCAGUGCUAGUUAAUGGGCAGCCAACCAAAUUCUUUAAUUGUAAGAGAGGUCUUAAACAAGGGGAUCCGCUAUCGCCAAUGUUAUUUAACAUUGCGGUGGAUGUCCUUCACAGAAUGAUAGUGAACAAUGUUGAUGAUGGUUUACUAUCUAGUCUUGGUAUCAAAGCUCCUUUAAACCAGUUGAGAACUCUUCAAUAUGCUGAUGAUACCCUUCUUUUUGUCAGAAGCUCUUCAAAUGACAUCAGAAUCCUCAAAACAAUUUUGUAUAUUUUUGAAGAAAUGUCAGGCCUGGGUAUUAAUUAUUCCAAAUCAUCUCUUGUGUAUUUUGGCAAAACUCAUUUGAAAGAGCAUUCACUUGCUUCAUCUCUUAACUGUAAAGUGGAUCAUCUUCCCAUCAAAUAUCUAGGUUUGCCUCUCAAAUAUGGGAAGCUUUCUAAAUCUGAUUGGCAACCCAUUCUUGAUAACCUUCAUAGGAAAUUAUCUACAUGGAGGAAACAUUCAUUAUCCUUUGGUGGGAGGCUUGUUUUAUUAAAUUCUGUCUUAUCUUCCAUUCCAUUAUAUUUCAUGUCAUUCUACAAAUUACCUAUGUGGCUCAUCAAGGAAAUUGAUAAAAUCAGGAGAAAUUUCCUGUGGACAGGAAAUAUAGAUAAUAAUGCCUUCAAAUGUAUGGUUAGUUGGAAGAGAGUAUGUCUCACUAAAACAGAGGGGGGAUUAGGAGUCAAAGAUCUUAAAGUUUUCAAUUCAUCUCUUCUAGCAAAAUGGCUAUGGAAGUGUCUGGACAGAAAUUCCACAAUUGGUGCUUUCCUUCAUCAACUAUAUGCUACCAGAAAUUACAACAUUCAAACUAGUAGUAUCAAUACACUGAAUUCUUCUUUCUGGAAUGCUAUCAUUUCUCAUAAUGAGGUUUUUCUUCACAACAUUGAAUGGAAACUAGGCACUGGUGAUAAUAUAAGGUUCUGGGAAGAUAAAUGGCUUGGAGCUAACUCUCUAGCUAGCCUUUAUCCAUCUUUAUACAAGUUAUCUUUCUCCACUAAUGUAUCUAUCAAUAGCCAAGGAUUCUUUCAGGACAAUAUAUGGCAUUGGCAUCCUUUGAUGAAAAGAAGUAUAACUCCUUCGUCUCAAAAUGACAGAAUACAUUUCAUGAACUCACUGCAGCUUCAUCAUGUCUCUACUCAACAGGAUCAACCCAGAUGGACAUUAACAACAAGUGGAGUUUUUUCAGUUAAAUCUUAUUACAAUUUUCAAAUUUCUAGAGGUAUUCUCACUCCUUACUACAAGGUUACCUGGAACAAUAUCAUCCCAAGCAAAGUCAGGUUUUUUAUGUGGUUGCUAACACUAAACAAAUUGCACACUAAGGACAAUCUUCUUUCAAAAGGAUGGCAAGGAGACAAUAUAUGUUCAUUCUGUGGGUUGACAGAAGAAUCAAGGGAUCAUCUUUUCUAUUCAUGCUCUUUAUCAUUACAUGUUUGGAGACACUUCACAGAAUACUACCUCCCUUUUCAAUGGCCUUCAUGUUUUACAAAUCUCCUUAAAUCCGUUGAACAACUUAAUGGCAAGAAAGGACAUCUAUGGCGUACAAUCCUAUCAUCAGUAUGCUGGCAUAUUUGGCUUGCUAGAAACAAAUUCAUUUUUGAGCAUACUAAUUUUUCAUUUAAAUCAAUUAUUAACCUCUCAAUCUCUGGUGUAUAUGAUUGGAUAGGAGCUGGAAGUGGUUCAGUUGCUAAUAAUCUCUCUACAUGGCUUGAGGAGCAUCCAAUUAGCAGGAGAAGUACUUGA